ACAGAUUUCCUCUGUGAAAGUGGAUCCUAUAAAUACCAGCAUGUUGUUUUCCUCUGCUUUAAUGCUGUGAGUCUUGUCUGUGUUUCAGGAUGGCAGAACUAUAUGUGCAACACAUAGAGCUUUUGGGCUUUGAGAAAAGGUUUUAUCCAAGCCAGCAUUAUGUGUACAUGAUCAUGGUGAAAUGGAGCGAUCUGUCGGAAAAACUGAUCUACAGAAAAUAUCCAGAAAUUCAUAUUUUUCACAAAUCUCUGAAGGAGAUGUUCCCAAUCGAGGCAGGUGACAUCGAUCCUAAAGAUCGUAUAAUUCCAUCUUUGCCAGCUCCAAAAUGGCUCGACAGCCAGAAGUCAGCCGAGACUAGACAAGGGACUCUGUCGGAAUACUUUCAAACACUGCUUAACCUGCAUCCAAAGAUCUCCCACUGUCAGCUAGUCAGAGACUUCUUUAAAGUACGGCCAGAUGAUGAGAGUCCACCAGCUGCUCACCUACAAAAACGUAACGAGACCUUUGUCCUGUCCAGGGAUAGAGCAAGGACAACCACCUCUGAAAUCACAGGUCCAAUCAUGCUGGAAACCUACAGAGUGAUUGCAGAUUACAGCAAAACCUCAAAAUAUGAGCUCAACCUGAAAGCAGGAGAUUUAGUGGACAUUGUAGAGAAAAGUUCCAAUGGUUGGUGGUUCUGCCAGUGUGAAACACAGAGAGGAUGGGCUCCAGCCUCCUAUCUAGAACCACUAGAUCAACCUGAAGAGUCUGAGGAGGAGGAACCCAAUUAUGCAGGAGAGCUGUACAAAACCACAAAAGCCUACAAAGCAGUGGAGGAAGAUGAGAUCAGCCUGGAGGUUGGAGAAAUCGUUGAGGUCAUCCAUAAGCUACUGGAUGGCUGGUGGGUGGUCAGGAAAGGAGAGGAGACAGGGCACUACCCCUCCAUGUUCCUUUGGAGUACUGGAGAAAGAAAGGAAGUGGAGGCUGUAAUUAGCCCUUCCAACAGGAACACUCCACCACCCAGGAGAUCGACUAUACGCAACGCCCAGAGCAUCCAUGCCAAAGGUCGCCAACGAAUCAGCCAAGACACAUACCGCAGACAGAGUCGCAAAUUCUUACAGCAGCGAGGGAGACUCCCGUCCCAGCCGAGGAAAAACUCCAAAUCUGUGGCAGAGGAAAAUCCAGAAGACAAUGCAAAAGAAGCUGCCCUAAAAGAAAAGGCAAAGAAAACCCCAACCAUACCUCCAAGGCCUAGCCAUGAGCUCAUUAUGGAGCGCUGCACGGAGAACACACGCAAGAGAGUCAGCAUCCAUGCCAACUGAAGUGGCCUAGCCAAUUAAAUGCUCACAACCACACUUGAAUGAAGAACGUAAAGCAUGACUCUUGAGACUUUUCGUUGCAAGGAGGUUGUAUGGCAUGAAACAGUAGCAUGAUUUUAUUUCUCUGCUCAAGCACAUAUGAUUUGUUUUUGUGAAUGCACAAAAAAAAAACAAUGUUGUUUAAAGAACUGCAGGUCUGGCAGCUUAAAAAUAUUAGCAAAGCCCAGAGAAAACUUCUCUUCUGUGCUCCAGCUCUGUAAGUAAAGAGGAUUGUAGCAGCUUUAAGCUUUGUGUAGGACUAAAUUCAUAUGUUGUUUUCAAUAAGCUAUAGUUUUUUCAUUGUACUUUUUAAUUUUUUAAUAAAUUAAAUUAUAAAAUUA